AUGUUGGAUCUCAAUGUUGCCUCCGACGACGAGCGCUCCACCCAGGGGGAACCCUACGACGGCGAGAAGCUCCAGAAAUAUCCAGGUAAUGCCGGUGUGGAUGACUCCGGCUCGUCCAACUCCUCAAUCCUCAAUGCGGAGGGCUCCGUCAGCGCCUGCGACGAAGAUUCAUGCUCCACCAGGUCCACCUUUCGCUUCGGUAUCCUCAAGGAAGCCGGCGACGAGGAUUCCGAAGGUGUGGAGAAUCGAGAUUUACAGGAGGACGAGGCGAACAACAUUGAUUCUAAGUUGGCCGCUACCCGGCCAGAAAUCGUUACCUGGCAACUGUUCCCUCCCGCUGCUCCUCGGGAAGUAGGGGGAAGUGGCUUCGUUCCUCAGGCUGUAGAGAUGAUCCCUCCAUUACCAUGCUUUCCGUCAUCAUCAGAACCGCACGGGGUAGAUCCCAGAGUCUCCCGGGGGAACGUCAACGGGCAGCCAGAAUUUAGGUUGCUCCAGCAGCAGCAGCAGCAGCAGCAGCAGCAAGUGAAAAAGAGCAGGCGGGGUCCUCGUUCAAGGAGCUCUCAAUACAGGGGCGUCACCUUCUAUCGGAGAACGGGCAGAUGGGAAUCACACAUCUGGUUAGUAUGGCCGUUCUUUCGAAGCUCCUGAGACCCUCCCUUCCUCCUUGGCCUUCUUUGAUCGGAAUUUUCUCCCUUCCUUGCGCAGGGACUGCGGAAAGCAAGUGUAUCUGGGUAAGAAUUCUUCUCAUCUCUGGACAAAGAAAGUGUGCUUUGAAGUGAUGCUCAUCUUUCGCCAUUUUUUCGCCAAUUGGGCGCAUCAUCAGGUGGGUUCGACACCGCUCACGCUGCCGCGAGGUCAGAAAACGUCUUUUAUUUUCUUUCCUCCAUUGCUCUGAUUAUGUUCUUGGCACAGAACAAAAAUAUAAUCAGAGGUAUCUGCUUGGUUACAGGGCCUACGAUCGCGCUGCGCUUAAGUUCAGAGGUGUUGAGGCAGACAUCAAUUUCAACCUCAGUGACUACAACGAGGAGCUGAAACACGUGAAUUCUGCUUCUCUAGUCCCUAGUCCCCUCCGAGAGCUUCUCUAUCCGAUUACCAUAAUCUUGUUCUCUGUUACCUUCUUUUGUUUUCUGCAGAUGAGGAAUCUAUCAAAAGAGGAAUUCCUUCACCUUCUGAGGCGCCAAAGCACAGGAUUCUCAAGGGGAAGCUCCAAAUUCAGAGGGGUGACCCUCCACAAGUGUGGUCGCUGGGAGGCCCGCGUUGGACAGUUUCUGGGCAACAAGUAAAUAUCUAUCCAUCAUCGUUUUGUUCUCUGCAGAACUGAAUCGGACCAAGAUGAUUCGGAGUUGCUUAUGCUAAAAAAAGAAAGAAAUCAAACGGGGAAUUCGGUAAUCAGUCUUUUUCUGAUGAGGGCACACUGAUUCUGCGCAGGUAUAUAUAUCUCGGAUUGUUUGACAGUGAAGUCGAAGCCGCAAGGUUCUAUAUAUCUACAUCUCUUCUCCCUUAUUAUCCUGGUUAUGGGUCGUGAAGGUCUGCUCCAUGAUUUCAUCUGGGUUAUCCUCUGGCGCUCAUCUUUGUCUCCUGUUUCUGGUCAUCAGGGCUUACGAUAAGGCCGCCAUUAAAUUCAACGGAAGGGAAGCCAUUACAAACUUCGAGCCGAGUAUUUAUGGGGAAGAGAGAACUGCUGAAAUCGAUGCCGAUGGUAUUCCUCACUACAGACCCGCCCCUUCCCCUUUCUCCUCUACUCUCAAGACUCUACCUUGGAGCUCAUAUUUCACAUUUGACAGGAUCUAACCGUAAACUCGACCUGAACUUGAGCAUAUCUCAGCCUACAGCUCCUGGUUCAAACAAUGGCGUGGAUAAAGCCGGGCUCUGUUAUCAGAAGGCCCACAUAGAAUCACCAGAUACUGAGAAACAUGGGGUAACCAUUUGAUGACUCCUCUUGAUUCUAUCAGUGGUUUGUUUAUUUUAUAAAACUAUAUUGAAUCAAAUUACUAUGAUUGCUGUUCAUUAUAAUUGAUUUAUUUUCUUCAUUAUCACAUGCCCUCCUCGGCAUGUGACGGAUAUUCGGCAGGACUUUGCUGAAUAUAUGGUAGUUCCUGAUGGAUAUUGUCCCUGCGGUUGACUUGGGAUUGAUAUUUACGCCUUGCAAGGUCUGUGUGGUGUCGGUGAGGACUGAUGAUUUGGUUGGCCAUUGUCACAGGUUGACUACAGCACAUUGCUUAAGGCAAGCCAACCCCAUCACUUAAGGAUGACCAAUGAGAACCCUUCUCUCUCGACCUCCCCAUUCCUCUGGUACCUUCCCAGAUUUGAGGUGACCACCUUUCUGGGUUUACUCAAAAUAGUAUUUUCUUUUUGCCCCCGUGGAUUUAUUCACGUUUCACUGUAUCUAAUCUCUUUUUUCAUUUCCUCUCUCUCUGUCUUGUUUGCUUGCUCACUGUUCAUUUCCAUUUUUAGCAACAAAGAACGUCUGAGAAGAGGCCAGAGGCGGGUUUUCCAGCUCUUCCCACCUGGUCCUGGCAGCAAGCACCUGCGUCUACUCCAUCGCCGCUGCUCUCUUCUGCAGCAUCAUCACGAUUCUGA